CCCGGCGGCCUGACCGCCGCCGUGGCGGUGCCGGACCUGGGCGCGCACUGCUCCGAGCCGACCUGCAAGCGCCUGGACUUUCUCCCUCUGAAGUGCGACGCGUGCGAGCAGAUAUUCUGCACCGACCACAUCACCUACACCCAGCACCAGUGCACCUCUGCCUACAAGAAGGACGUGCAGGUCCCCGUGUGCCCCCUCUGCAACAUCCCCAUCCCUGUCCGAAAGGGGGAGAUGCCUGAUGUGGUGGUGGGGCAGCACAUCGACCGAGACUGCAAAUCCGACCCCGCCCAGCGCAAGCGCAAGAUUUUCACCAAUAAGUGUCUGAAGCCCGGCUGCAAACAGAGGGAGAUGAUGAAGGUGAUCUGUGACCAGUGCCACGGGAACUUCUGCCUCAAGCACCGGCACCCCCUGGAUCACGACUGCAAUGGGGUGGGGCGCCCCCUCUCCAGAGCCGGACAUGCUGCGGUCGCGAGAGCCCAGGCAUCCUCCUCUGUGGCAGCCGGGACGUCGAGCAGAGGAGCUUCCAGGCCGGCAGCCAGCCCCCCUGCUCCAGCCCCAAGCAGAGGCGGCGUGAUGGCGGCACGGCAGCCCAGCAGCACCUCGCCCCCAGCCGCAGGAAUAGACUGGGAAGGGCCAGCCCGGUUCCAGGGGUUCUGUAUGUGGGGGGAGAGGGGUGUCUCUGGGACAGGCCUCGGCCUGGUUCUCCUGGCUCCGUCCCAGCUGGGACGCCUGCAGCCUGGCUCCCCAAGUCCCCAAGGCGCCCCCAGCCUCGCUGGGCUCAGUACCCCGCUGCUGGGAGCUGUCCCUGGGGCGGCUGGGCUGCGGGGUCUCCCGGCCCUGAACAAGGCUGUCUCCAGCAGCGCGCAGGAGGAGGAGGACCUGGCCUUGGCGCGGGCGCUUGCUGCGAGCGAGGAGGAGUACCAGAGGCGGCAGCAGCAGCAGGCCCAGAGCCGGAGUUCGAGGCCAUCAGACUGCAGCAUGUUCUAGGCUGGGAGCACCACGAUGCCUAGGGCCUGUCCACAGGGCCGGGUACCAUCGCCCAGCUCUGCCAGGCCCUGCCGCUGGGUACCAUCGCCCAGCUCUGCCAGGCCCUGCCGCCGGGUACCAUCGCCCAGCUCUGCCAGGCCCUGCCCGAGCGCCACCUGCAGAGGGCCGGCGGGGCUUCUCCUGCCUCUUCCACAGCUAGAACCAACUGACCAAACGCUGGCUGCUCCCGCUCCCUGGACAAUAGACCGUAGCUGAACCGCUUUGAGCUGCACGGGGCCGCCUCGUGCCAGGCCCCGUUCUCACAGACCAGAGCCGGCUGCAGCCGCGUGGGAGGAGCGACCUGCAGCCGCCAGCAGGCUGGCCGCAGCCAGGGAGGAGGAGCAACGCCAGCAGCCGUGGGCCUUGGGAUCGAUGGUGGGCAUCGUGCCUCGGUCCCUCACCCACCUGCCACAGUGCCGAGAGUGGGGUGAAAUGGGGGGGGCACCUCUGGCCUGGAGGUGGAGUGUUACACUUGGGGUGUCUUGACCCCAAUACCUGCGCUCUGACCCAGGCUGGGUCAUGUCCAGCCCUCUGCCCCACACACUACAAAGGGACAAGGACAGACCCCCGCUCAGCGCUGCCCUGCCCCGCGCAGGGCCUGCUGGAUGCUUUAACGAGACGGGCUGCUCUACACACGUCUCCCUUCCCGCCCG